GUUAAAGUGAAUAAAUUGGACAGUGUGUAUAUAAUACAUGUUUUUAUAUAGUAGGAGCUAAAUUCCGCAUCGGCUGAUCCACCUUCUGUCUUGGGGGCUUCUAGGGUUUUAUUGACUAGCAAAACCAACAAUCACAUGGCGGGGGCUGGAAUCCAUCCAUACCACCAGCAGUGGCCGCCGGCAGCUGCUCCUCCGCCUCCACCCGCUGCGGCGGCUGCGGCUCCUCCCCCAUCUGUCCACCAUGCGCCUCCGGUCCUUGUUGACAAUAGUAACCGUGGUCCUACGCAUGAUGAGGUUCGAACAAUAUUCAUAACUGGACUUCCUGAAGAUGUGAAGGAGAGAGAAUUGCAGAACUUACUGAGAUGGCUUCCUGGUUAUGAGGCUUCUCAAGUUAACUAUAAAGGAGAAAAGCCUAUGGGUUUUGCUCUCUUCUCCACUGCCCAGCUUGCUAUUGCAGCCAAAGACGCUCUUCAGGAUAUGGUUUUUGAUGCGGAAUCUAAGUCUGUGUUGCAUACAGAGAUGGCUAAGAAGAAUCUCUUUGUUAAAAGAGGAAUAGUGGCAGAUUCCAAUGUUUAUGAUCAAAGUAAACGACUGAGAACUGGUGGUGACUAUUCACACACUGCUUAUACAUCGCCAUCUCCAUUUCACCCACCUCCUGCCCCUGUUUGGGGACCACAUGGCUAUAUGGCCCCUCCUCCACCUCCAUAUGAUCCUUAUGCAGGCUACCCUGUUCCUCAAGUGCCAAUGCCCACUCCUGCCCCUAUACCAGCCCCUAGCAGUUAUGUACCUGUUCAGAACACAAAAGAUAAUCCUCCUUGCAAUACCCUCUUCAUUGGUAAUCUCGGGGAGAAUAUAAAUGAGGAUGAACUGAGGGGUCUAUUUAGUGUACAACCUGGCUUUAAGCAAAUGAAAAUAUUGAGGCAAGAAAGGCAUACUGUUUGUUUUAUUGAAUUUGAGGAUGUGAACAGUGCAACCAAUGUGCACCGUAAUCUUCAAGGUGCUGUUAUCCCUAGCUCUGGUUCUGUUGGCAUGCGCAUACAAUAUUCUAAGAACCCAUUUGGGAAGAGGAAAGAUGGAGGCCAUCCAGUUGCUUCCCCAAGUGCCAAUGGGGCUCCACCAACCUACCAGUAGCUUGAAGGGGAUGUACUCUGACCUUUAUGCUCCGAGAAAUACAUGAUAGGAUGCAUCUUGCAGCUGUUCCAUGCAUCCAUUUCAUUAUCAACAUCAGCAUCAGCAUUAGCAUCCUUCUCAUGUGCAUGAAUGCACAUAGUGCCAUCAUGAACGCACCAUUUGGUCAUGUUAUACUAAUUUCUUCAGGACAUGCAUUUGUCAGCGGCAUCUUUUGAUGUGUGGAUAACCUAAUAGGGGCACAGAUUUGUUUAUCAUUUGUAGAAGUGAUGCAUGGAAGUUUGUUUUUUUUUUUAGUUAAUUUGUAUUUUCCUUCUGCCUCUUGUUGCCCAUAUUCUACAUUAGUAUUAGGAAAUGCUUUUCUGGAUAGACAUCUUUAUGCUUUCCUUGAUAGGCUAAAUUGCAACAUUACGUAACAUGACAUCGUGAGGGAGUUGAUAUUCAGAUAUCAUGACACAAAUUUAAUAACUCAAUUCAUUCCAUGAAUCAUGUAUUCUUAUAGCCAUUAACACAAAUUCUAUAUGCUCAAUUCAUUCCAUGAAAGUUCCCUUGAAAGGCUGAAUUACAAUACAUUACUUAACAUGACAUCCUAAGGCAGCUGAUAUUCAGAUAUCAUGACACGAAUUCAAUACCUCAAUUCAUUCCAUGAAUCAUGUUAGCCAUUAACAUAAACCCCUUGUUUAGUCUGUUCCAUAAAAUGAAUCACUCUUCCCUCGACCAGUUGAGCAAAAAUAAAAAGGUCAUGAUGAUUGAUUUGGUGAUCAGGUAAACUGAAAGCAUAGUCAUCUGAAGGAUGUCAGGGAAUACAUCCCCUCUUGAUUUACAUGCAGGCUUUUUCAGUACAAAAAUGAGAAGCUUCUGUUCAUUUGAGGAUGCUAAGUGCUGCAGCUGCUUUUAAUAUCUGGUAAUGUAGUGGCAAGAAAGUCUUGGUGAAACAUCAAUGUUUGGGUAUUAGAUGUUGGAUUUAAACUGAAGCAAACUUCAUACGAAUAGGGGUGCUUGAGAUCGCAAAGGUAGGUCUGAUUUCAUAUUUAAUAAUUACUAUAUAGGAAGGGACUUUUGGCUCAUUGUUUUUUGUUGUGGUAUUUGCUGCAAUGGAAAAUCGAAGUAGGGAAAAAAGUCAGCGCGUAAUAGGAACAAUAUGAUAACAAGCAAGUUGUAGUUCUGAUGUUAGUGUUUGGGUAGCUUGCGCACUGAAGUCUGCUUUCCAUAAAUUCUUUGGUACUCUUUUUUGUUAUCUUAAUUUUUCUCUUUGCUGCUGUUUUAUCUA